GAAGAGUUUAAUCCUACGAUUGAAAUGCCUUUAUCGCUCCUGACCGAGUACGAUGCAGAGCAUAAAUGAACAAAGAAAAAUAUCUUAUAGAAGCUCGACUAUUGGUCAUCUUCUGCCGCCGAUUAACCACCGUAGAAGCGAGCGAUGCUACAAGCAGAGAGAGGACAACAGCUGGAGCGGGCCGAGGGCGGCGAAGGUGGUGACGUUCCAGAAGAUGUUGGAGGAUCGUCAGCCUCAGCCCACGAUCGUGGACCUCGAUGCUCCAGCCGAAUCCGAGGCUUGGGUGGCGAUGAUGGAGCAACAGAUGCGGCAAGCUACAGUCGGGAGCAAGAAAAAUGGCCGAGUAUUCGAUCUUGAUUUUGAGACCCAUGCCUCCAGUCGCACAUUCACACCACCACCACCACCACCGCCGCCACCACCAUCGCCAUACUCAGCCAUGGAGGACGCAUCGGCAGCCUCGAGACUCUUGGGGUUAUCUUUCAUCUUUGUCGGCCAUUGACUGAUUAUACCUUGUUGUUCCACCACAAUUAAUAUCUCCCCGCUAGAUGCAUUCAAUGGGGUGUAGUGUGUGUACCCCGUUGGAGGUAAAUGUUUCCUCCUUUCUCGAUUCUUUUUCCUCUUCUUGACCUUUCCUCUUGAUGCCAACGGAAGUGUCUGAAAUAUUGAACUCCUCAAUUCUAAUUUAUUUUUGUAAUCGCAUGAGCAAGUCUUCUAGAGAGCUUGGGGGCUUUCCGGCUAUAGUAUUUUUUAAUCUUCCUGGUAGCAAAUUUUGUUGAAUUAUGUUGGCCAACAACUCGUGAUUGACAUGCGGCACCUCGUGCACUGCCUC